AGGCGGGAGGGGCCGGGCUGCCAAGGGCGGUGGCCGGGGCUGGGCCAGGCUCAGAGAGCCCCAGAGUCUGAUCCUUGCUGCGCUCCGCGCCUCUGCUGCAGCCAUGUCGAAGAUCCCCGUGUCCCCGACGGAAACAGAGCGUUGCAUUGAGUCCCUGCUGGCCGUCUUCCAGCGCUACGCCGGGCGCGAAGGCGACAACUGCACGCUCUCCAAGAGGGAGUUCCUCAGUUUCAUGAAUGCUGAGCUGGCUUCCUUCACAAAGAACCAGAAGGACCCAGGAGUCCUGGACCGGAUGAUGAAGAAGCUCGACUUGAAUUGUGACGGGCAGCUGGACUUUCAGGAGUUCCUGAACCUCAUUGGGGGCAUCGCGCAGGCUUGCCACGUUGCACUGUGCGUGCAGGCUCCCCCAGGUCACCCCCAGGCCAAGAAACUGUGACCCCUCCCAACCCACUCC